GGAAUUCCAGAGAUACCUCAAGUGUCCGGGCAAGAUGAUGCCGACAUUGGUCUAGCCCUGGAUUUUGAAUGUGAUCUUUUGAUAGUGUCUCACGUGCGAAAUGGACAAAUGAUAUGCGCUGUCAAAGACAGAAUAAAACAAAUUGGAACACGGCCCAUUUGUGUUGUGGCGAAAAUCUCAUGUAAUCAAGGUCUUGAGGCUUUCGAUGAUAUCCUAACAGUAGCAGACGCAAUCAUGAUUGAUAGAGCUGGAAUUGAAGUAGAUAUCCGACCUGAGAAAGUGUUUUUAGCACAAAAAUGUAUAAUUUCAAAAUGUAACAGAGUGGGCAAACCAGUUAUCGUAGCCGUUCGCAUAAAAGGAACUGAACCAUCGUACACAGACAUGAAUGAUAUUUCCUGCGCAGUUCUUGAUGGUGUUGAUUCCAUAUUUCUUGCAACAGGAGCACUGAGUGUUGACGAAACUGUGAAAGUUGUUAAGAACGUUGAUAUCGCUUGUAGAGAAGCCGAGUGCGCCCGAUGGCAGAGACAGAAUUUUGAAGAACUCAGUUACAAAGCUCUGAUACCCCUCGAUCCCACGCAUUCUAUUGCUGUUGCUGCCAUCGAAACAUCUAUGAAGUGCAAUGCAGCUGCGAUAAUUGUUACUACAACAACUGGACGUUCGGCAAUGAUGCUGUCUAUUUAUCGUCCACGUUGUCCCAUCAUUGCUAUCACUAGGUACGGUAUUGUGGCACGCUGGCUGCAAGUAUAUUUUGGGGUACACCCAAUCCAUUACAGAAAUCCACCAUAUCCAGAUUGGAGUAAGGAUAUGGAUUACCGAAUACAACAUGCAAUGAAUUACUCUCGUAGUCAUAAAUUUGUGGAAGUUGGAAAUGCAGUUGUAAUAGUUAGCGGAUGGCGUCAAGGCUCAGGGUUUACAAAUUGCAUACGUAUCGUUUAUGCUUCACCAGGAAAUAUCCCAAACUUGUCUGAAGACUUUGAGGAGUCUUGGUGAUAACGUCGUUUUUGUGUACUGUCAAAUGUCAUUGUUAGCAACAAGUCUUCAUAAUAUUUAAAUCCAAAUCAUACUAACUGAUUACGGAUUUAACGGUUUUGAAAGACUCACUUUUUGGAACCAUGUGAUUACAUUAUAA